GCAAUGUGAUGAUGUCACUACGUUGCGACGCUCGAUCGAAUGACACGUACAGUUAGUAAACAAGGAUUGAUAGAAAGUUGUUGUCGAAGGAAAUAAAAGACAAGGAAUAAAGCUAGCUGGCUAACUACUGUGCCAAGUACGUUUAUGAUCUGCCAAGAUCUCAGAAACCUGUCUCAAUAUGAACGUGUUUGACCGCAGCAUCAAAUUGGAUGUUCUCCUCAAGUUCUCCCAAAUUUCCCAAUCUACCCAGUUACACCUGAAGAAUGUCUACUCCAGUUUGGCAGUUUGCAUGUUCGUGGCUGCAGCAGGCUCCUACGUCCAUGUUGUCACACGGCUCUUUCAGGGUGGUUUGCUGACUCUUCUGGGUUCCCUGGGCAUGGUGGUUUGGUUGUCCAUGACACCACACAACCCAGAGACCGAGAAGAAGAGACUGGCUAUCCUUGCAGGGUUUGCUUUCUUCACAGGUGUUGGUCUUGGACCAGCAAUGGACUUUGUCAUCAUCAUUAACCCAAGCAUCAUUGUGACAGCCUUCCUUGGAACCUCAAUCAUCUUUGUCUGCUUCACUCUCAGUGCCCUGUAUGCCAAGCGCAGGAGCUUCCUCUUCCUAGGAGGUACUCUGAUGUCUGGCUUGUCUGUCUUGUUCCUGGUGUCUGUGGUGAACAUGUUCUUUGGAUCAGCGAUACUCUUCAAGGCUCACAUGUACCUGGGGCUGGUCAUUAUGUGUGGCUUUGUUCUGUUCGACACUCAGCUCAUCAUUGAGAAAGCAGAGAAUGGAGACAAGGACUACAUCUGGCAUUGCGUGGACCUGUUCCUCGACUUUGUGACCAUUUUUAGAAAACUCAUGAUUCUCCUUGCCAUGAAUGAGAAGGACAAGAAGAAAGAAAAGAAGUAGAUUAAAUAAAUCCAGUUGAAGUUUCAAAUGAAAAAUGAUCUGUGACAAGGAACAGAACCAGCAACAAAGCCUCUGUCUGCAGUGCUGUUGGUGCUUUUACUAUUUGUCGUUCUUGGUUACUUUUUGUCCUUUGAUUUGAGCUUGCAAGAGGUUAUGAUAAGGUUGUAUUUUAGGCUACUGCUGCAGUGAGAAUGCUUGUCCUGUAGGGGGAGUGGUUGUUCUAUGAAGGUCUACAUAACAGAACUGAACUCUUUGUGCCAUAAAAAAAAAAAGAUUUUCAGAAGGCUGUUUGAGCUUUUGGAGAUUAAUCAUAGUUUUAUGUUGUUCUAAUAUUUGAUUUGUUAAUGCUAUUCCUCUAAUCUGUUUAGUUUAUGGAAGGGAUGUGACAGACAUCCUGACCCGUUAUGUCUUUAUCAAAUCACAUUUUAUUUGUCACAUGCGCCGAAUACAACCUUACCGUGAAAUGCUUACUUACAASCCCUUAGCCC